AUGCUCAAGAAAGAAGGAAAGAAGGAAAGAAAGAAAGAAAGAAAGAAAGAAAGAAAGAAAGAAAGAAAGAAAGAAAGAAAGAAAGAAAGAAAGAAAGAAAGAAAGAAAGAAAGAAAGAAAGAAAGAAAGAAAGAAAGAAAGAAAGAAAGAAAGAAAGAAAGAAAGAAAGAAAGAAAGGAAGGAAGGAAGGAAGGAAGGAAGGAAGGAAGGAAGGAAGAGAGAAAGAAAGAAAGAAAGAAAGAAAGAAGGAAGGAAAGAAAGAAAGAAAGAAAGAAAGAGAGAGAGAGAGAGAAAGAGAGAAAGAGAGAGAGAAAGAGAGAGAGAAAGAGAGAAAGAAAGAAAGAAAGAAAGAAAGAAAGAAAGAAAGAAAGAAAGAAAGAAAGAGAGAAAGAAAGAAAGAAAGAAAGAAAGAAAGAAAGAAAGAAAGAAAGAAAGAAAGAAAGAAAGAAAGAAAGAAAGAAAGAAAGAAAGAAAGAAAGAAAGAAAGAAAGAAAGAAAGAAAGGAGGAAAGGAAGAAAUGUCCUCAAGGUACAAUUCAGCCAAAACCACCCUGUUUCCUCUCCGGUUUCCACCUGA